AUGUUGUAUAAAGACGAGGACCGUGCGACCAAGCGUAAGCGAAAGGAGGAGCUGCAAGCUCUCACGCUCCGGAGAAAGAGGACGGCUUUGACGAUGAAGCGGCGCCACAACGACGGGCCCGGGGGCUUGAUGGCAUUGACAGCGACCAGAAAGCUUCCCUUGUGGCUGACGGACUGGACGGGCAACGCGAAACCGCCUAGACACUCUGGAGAGUCAACAGCAGGGCCGGUGGCGAAGAUGACGGCGACCGAAGCAACGGCAGGAAAUGCCAUGCCCGCCUUGACAGUUGCUGCAACAGGGCCGCCGAAGAAGGCUGGUUGGGGUGAGACCGCAGUGCCGGAAGCCGAAGAGUCGCUCGGUGGCCUCGCGAGUCUCGUGUCUACCACGUCAUCCCUGCCGAGCUUUGCGGCGGCAUCGCAGAUGGAAGAGGAAGACGAGGAGGAAAUCAAGAGAAGCCUUCGAGAGAUGCAGGACGAGAAGAAGGCGUGGGACGCGAAGCACCGACCCCCGUUCCUGAAGGUCUUCGGACGGUUCGACCCGGAGGGGCUCGGGGAGAUGCUGGCAUCCGACAUCGGAGAUCUGAUGGCGCAGCUGAGGCUCCCCGAGGCGGUCAGGCCGGAGGAGGUGAAAAACGUCGCCGCCCAGCUCACCAAGGUAUGCAUGACACACCUCUGGAAGUGGCACCGUCGGGAGCACUUGCAAUGGAGGCCCAGCUUCACGGCGCCGUCUCACAAGGAACUCCGGCAGCUCAACAACCGACAGCGGAAGCGGGAACGCUCGGGGGAGGUAUCUCGAGAUUGGGCUCGUCGCGUGAUUCUGGUGGUUGGCGAGAGGGAGGCUCGUCUGCAGGCAGCCGAGAGGUUCAGAGGCUUCCACCCGCCCCGCUUCGUCUGCCCCGAGUGUCACGAGUUCGGCUGCUCUACCGCGGACGCGCUGGACGAGCACCUUGGUGACGAACCGUGGCACGCCGUCAACGCUGCCCUCCAGGUAGGCCGAAUUCUUUUGCACACCCUUCCUCUCCGGCGCACACUAGGACAUCGAUUGGGUGUGCUGGCGCUACGUGUUCCUGCUCCCUUUUUUCUCCCGGUGUGCACGGCCGCACUGCUGCGUGUCCGCGCCAUGGCCUUCGUUUGGUGGCAUGAGCGCAGCCAUUCGUCCCGGUUGCCAGACAUUUGA